GGGCUCCGAGUCAUCUGGCAAGACAGCGGGCACCGAGUCAUCUGGCAAGACAGCGAGCAUUGGGUCAUCAGGCAUCAGGUCAUCUGGCUCGACAGCAGGUACCGGGUCAUCUGGUUCGACAGUGGGCAUCGGGUCACCAGGUAUUGGAUCGUCUGGCUCGACAGCGGGCAUUGGGUCACCAGGCAUUGGAUUGUCUGGCUUGACAGCAGGUACCGGGUCAUUGGGCAUUGGAUCGUCUGGCUCGACAGCGGGCAUCGGGUCACCAGGCAUCAGGUCAUCUGGCUCGACAGCUGGCAUCGGGUCAUCAGGCACGACAGCGGGCAUCGGGUCACCAGGCAUCAGGUCAUCCGGCUCGACAGCGGGCACCGAGUCACCUGGCAUGAUAGGAUCAUUAGGCUGGAUCAGUUCAUCAGGCUGGGUACAGACAUCAGUCUGGGUAGAGACAUCAGGCUGAAUUGCGGGUGCCGAGGCACCAGGCUGAACCACGGAAGGCGGGUUCUCAGACGGCAGGCUGACCGGUUUUGAUACUGGCAGGAUGGUACUGGUUGGAAAGAAUUUUUGCUUUUUUCUGGUAUUAGUUACUGGAGCACUGUAAGUAAACUCAGGUCUGUAAACAAAUGGAGCAGCUAAAGACAGAGAAGAGCUGGAGGAUGGAACAGAGGAGGGAGCAGGUUAAAGAAAGGAUAGGUGCAGCGAGUGGGAGCAGGGGACUGCAGAGGAAUGAUGUUGCAAGCUGACUGAGGCUGGGUGCAACAAAUCUGUCCAUG